UUGAUUCAAGGUGAAUGAACCACCACACCCUCACCUACACCUAAUAACGUAUUCGAUAAAACAGAGAAACUGAAUGAGUAGGACGUUUUGUCUACGUCUGGGAUUUCGUCGUUCUUUGGUCCGCUACAGAUAUUGUGAGACACGUCGAAAUACCGGUAAUGCAAUCGUUGCAUACCUGCUUUCAUACAUCCCACGCGCUUUCUCAGAGAAGACUACGGAACGCGUGACACCGCCGGUCACUAUACUUGUCGUACUUCUCUGCUGACCCACGGCCAUGAAAGGUUUCAGAUCGUCUUGUCUCCUGUCAGUAUAUGGUCUGCUGCUUCUGUGGCCAAAUGCUCACUCCACUAGCCCCUCACCAACAUCAGGUUCUGUGGACACUCCCCAUGUGGAGAGAGUGAUGAUCCAGAAGUGUAACUCCAGCAUGGAGGAGUACUGUUUCCAUGGAGAGUGCAUGUUCCUGCUUGACCUCAAAGAGCAUCACUGCAGGUGUGAGAAGGGCUAUGCGGGACACAGGUGUGCUCACCUGGAGCUGGUGUUUCAGCCGUUGAGUCAGGAGUACAUAGUCCUCACUGUGGUGUGUGUGGUCUUUGUGGUCAUCGGCAUCACUGGAGUUGCCUACUUCUUCUACAAGUGGUAUAAUCGGAACAGGUGCCCACCUGCAGAGAAGUACCAGGAGGUGCAGAUGGCAUAAUGGGAAAUGAUUUCAGUCAAUAUUACAGGGUCUCUCCAUGGAGCAGGCUAAUUGGAAAAGAGCAUAUUAUUUAAAAAGAUGAGAUAAAGAUGAAUAUAGUAUUUAAUAUCUCACUACUCAGUGAGAGCUGAAUGUGGCAGGUGUGGUCCCAUUGCCGGGUGUCCUAAGAAUGCUCAUAGGGUCACAACUCCACACCUGUACACCUGUGAACUAUGCAAAUCUGUAACAACCAGGCCCAUGGCCUUCCACAGAGCUGUCCUAUAAGACUCAUCCUGUAGGAUUUUAUAGUAUUGUCAUUGCACCCUACAGGAUGCAUGUGUGUGUGGUGUGUGUGUGUUGGGAGGAGCAGAGAAGGUGUGUAUGUACAACAAGGAGCUCCUGAUACAUCUUCUGCUUUGCUCUUAUUUAUAUUUAUAUUAUCAUCAUUACAACUUUGCAACUGCAGUGUUAAAUGUGGUGUUCAGACAGGAUAUGAUUUGUAAAGAAAGGUUAUACUGCAGAAAAACUGUGUGCUUGUUUUUAUUUGAGUUGAAUAGAACCCCUAUCGCUAUCAAUUUUUAUCUAUAAAUUCCACAGGAUAACAGUAAGCAAGGUUUCAAAAAAGCCCAUCCUAACACACGUUUCCAUUUGUCACAACCAAAACAGCUUUAUAUCUAGGCCUACCUACUGUUCACACAUUUGUUCUGAUAAAUAAAUACCAUAAUUGUGAGUAAAUCAAGUAUACAUCAAGCUUCAAGCAAACAGUAGCUAUUCAGUGGCUUACAUAGCUAGCCUUAAUCACACUUGUCUAAAUCAUUACUUCACGCAGCUAGAUGUAAGAUGCAAGCUAGCUUCAGGAGGUACAAAUAGCUAAAUAACUUCAUUUACAGUUCUCAGAAAUACCUUGUCUGUGGUGGUGACUAUGCCCAAAUUUUGUUCACUUGCACUUGCCUGUUUCUUCAGAGCAUCUUUUUGGCAAGGAUGCUCUGAAGCAUCAUUGCACAGUAUGCAUGGAUACUUGCAGAAGGGCCUGUCCUCUUCAGUCAGGCCACAGUGAAUGCAGUAAUGUGCAGAAGUGUUGAGACAGAGAGCAGAGAGCUUCAGUAUUCCCGGAAACUGAUGCUGAAGCUCUCUGUGGAAGGCAUUCUUAGCCUCAGCACUCUGAGGUAAACAGUUAACAGUCAGGCUUCAGGAACCCUGUAAUGGGAUGAGCUACCAUGACCUGCCACUCACUAACUCGUUUGAACCAAUCAAAAGACUGUUCAGAAGUCAUCAGUAAACACACUGAUUGGUUCAGUUGUUUAGUCACUUCUAAUGCUCAAUUUUGGGGUUCAUGAAGCCUCACUCUUCCAUCACUGGCCUUCUUUUUUCCUUUUCAUCAGUGUGUCUAAGGUGAAUGCAGAUAGCAUGUUCUUCCAAAUGCACCAUCCAGAAGUUUUUUUAAAUUAUUUUUUCUUUAGGGAUUACAUACAUAACUCCAUACAUGUUAGAGCUUUCAAUAUCUCCAGCAGAGGACAGUGUGCACUACACAAACACAAAGUGAUUGUUUCAUUUCAGUUGUUUGAUCUAACCUGUGGAAAUCAUAGUUUUUUAUUCAUACCAGAUGCACAUUUUGGUAAAGACAAUUGAAUACCUAAUUGCUAUUUU